AAUGUUUCCUCAGUUCUUCCGAUUGGAUUUUUUCGAGCCGACUAUUCGAAAGUGAGCUGUCGAAAGCUCCUCACCUUUUCUCUUCGUGCGUUACUAGACAACGCGCGCGCGCGCUACACGCACUGGCCCGUCGAUCGCCGAGUCAGACCCACGUGGUGUGGGGAUUUUGAUAUUAAAAAAAAAAAAAGGAGGGAAAAAAAAAAAGUGAAACCUGUUUUUGUAUCACUGGGUCUUUCCCGAACACGUUGAUCUUGUGGGGUGUGUGUGUGAUGUGUUGUGUGAGGGAAAUCCCACUCAGCCACUAGUUACGAGCCAAUCCAGUGUGAAUCAUGUCCCACUGGCUACUGAUUGAAUAAGUGCGAAAUUUCAUAAGGGAAACCCCACCCGACGUCAUUCAUAUUUUAUUCUUACGGCGUCUGAAAGGUGGUUUAAUCAUGCCAAUUGGAUGUCAUUGAGAAACGGGAUAGUUGGCUGAAUGUCUUUAGUCUAAUUUAACAAGAACUCGUAUUGAGAACCCGUGCCAUGGAAUACUCCAACGGGACAGCAGAGGCCUACCGAUAUCAUACACCGGCCUCGUAUGACACAUCAGCAUUCGUCAGUCAAGCCACUGCAUAUUGCGCCACCAGCAAUUUACUACCACCAGCUGAAGACUUUCAUUCUGCAAGCGCAGCCCGUCGAUUUCAUCCUUAUUUGCCAGCUGGUGAUCAAUCGAUUGUGGGUCCCAAUGCAGCCGAUAACGGCCAUUUUAGGAACGGAUUCUCUGGUCCAUGCGAUAAUCAAAAUGGAUUGGUUUUCGAACAACAACAAGCAGAUCAUAUCCAAACUCAACAUCAUUUCGCUCCGUUUGCCGACGUUUAUCCGCCACCAUCGAACAUCAAAACGGAGCUGAAUGGAGGCAAUGAAACUGCAGAGAUUCUCGAUUUGGAUUCUCAUAAAGUUCACGUGUAUCAACCGCCUGGAACUGUUAUGGGUUUACCACCUGUUCCCCCUCAUCAGCAUCAUCAUCAUACCGGCGGGGCUCUGGCUCCUACGCCUCCAUACACUCCAGCAACAUCAGUCGGUUCGAAUUCAUCAUCAAUGGGCUGGAUGACUCCUACACCGCCACUUCCGUCAUUAGCUGCUCCACAUCCGCAUGAAUAUCGACCUAAUCCAUUUCCAACUUACGAUUUGCCUCCUAUGACUGUCAACACAACGAACGGCAACAAUACAACGCCCAACAGCGCCCCGGUGGCGAAAUCCGCCCCUGGAUGGAAACCACCAGCCAAUGGGCCACCUGCUGUAGGGGGAGGAAAUCACGGGGGAGGUUCAGAGGCUCGUCGUCCCAAGACUUACAACUGUGAAGCUUGUAACAAAUGGUUUACAUCCAGCGGCCAUCUUAAACGCCAUUACAACACUACGCUUCACAAGAACGCCAUUAAAGCAUCCGGAGGGAAUUCGAAUGGAACGACGGCUGCAGGUGAGGGUCGCCGGUCGACCACACCGUCCAGUAGGAGUACUGGAACACCUACUAUCAACAGUCCAGCUGGGUCGGAUGAGAAAACGAUGGACGAUAUGCCCGUACCGAGACCAUCUCUCAACACCAGUCCUAAGAUCAUUCCAUCAUCACCUGGAAACGGGGAUUACCGGCCACCUUCGCAGCAAGCACCGCCUCCCUUAAUCCAUCAUCAGCAACUGAUUCAGAAUGGCGCUGCACCACUUCAGUCGAACAUCAGUAACUACCCACCUCAGCAACAACAACUCAAUAAUUCUGCAAUGGAUGCAUACCGUUUGCCUUAUUCGGGACCUGGUAAUCCAUCCGGGUCGGGAAUGAUGACGGCUGGCUCUUCAGGUCCACCGCCGCCAGGUGGUCAUUUACCUUAUUACUGCCCUCCUCCUGUUAGCCAUUCGGGCUAUUCAUCACCAUAUCCCCAGCAUGCUCAACAGCAACAACAACAACAACACAUCUACCCUCAAUCCAACACAAUGGGCUAUCCCCCAAACUCCAUUGCCCCGCCCCCUAGCAGCAACGCCAACGUUCAGCAGCUGGGGGUGGGGCCAACAGCCUCGUCCCGCGGAAUCAUGCAACAACAUUACCAUCACGAACAACCGUUUAUGAACAACAACAACACAAUAAUGGAACACAAUAAAAUUGGCAGCAAUGGCGUCGAAUUCAAUUCGAUCGAUUCAGACGCUUUUAUGAUCAAAUCCAACGAAUCUGAUUGCAGCGCAGGUGGAAGCGAUGAUUCGCCAGUCGGCAGUGAAGACGCUGAUUUAGACAUGAGUGAUGCUGAAGAGCCGGAAAGAUCAGCUAACAUUGUUAUGCCAGCAAUGAACAAGACGAAUGGAGGGGCCGUCAAGUCCCGCGCUGUUGUGGCCGACAAUGGCGGAACGGCUUCGGUUGGAAGUUUCAAAUGCACUCAAUGUGACAAAGCGUUUAAUCGCGUGUGUUACCUAACUCAGCACAAUAAUACUUUUCACAAAGGUGACAAGCCUUUUAAAUGUCACAUGUGUGGCAAACGAUUUCCAAAUGCGGAAUUAUUUGAUCAACAUCAGCAGAAACAUGCAGGAGACAAACCGUACAAAUGUCCGUUAUGUCCUAAACAAUUCAAUCACAAGACGGACUUGAGGAGGCACAUGUGUCUCCACACUGGCCAAAAACCAUUCAUGUGCCAAGUUUGCAAUAAAGGAUUCAUCCGGAAGGAUCAUAUGGUCAAACACGUCCAGACUCAUACGAGACGCAACGCCCUGCAUUCCCAUCCACCGGCAUCUGCAUCAUAAACACACUUUUUUUUUUAAACAAAACAUUCAUUUUAAUAACCACUUUUGACCUUAUUUCUUUCGUUGUCUUGUGUGUCUUCUUAUUUUUUUAGUUCCCUCGCAGCGCCAAUCAAAAUAAUAUUUCCGAUUUUUACCGAAAGAAAUUCUUUUGCCCCCCCCCUUUUUUUUUAUCAUGAAAUGGUUGUGCUUAUCAUUUGCCAAUAUGUGAGUUGGAGGAAAACAUUUGUUUGAAUAGCCACUUGAAAUCGGGAGUGUAGCUAGAUCAGUUGUUUCGAUGAAUUUGUUGAUUGUUGUGUAAAGAAAAACGAAAUUACAGGUGGGCUAUAUUGCGCAGCACUUGACCUUGUUCGAAAGACGUGGCGCAAAUCCAUUUCGACAUUUCUACCUCAUUUGCCCAAUUUUUUUUUCUUUUUUUUUAACUACAAAAAUGAAUUUAUCUUGGCCAACAGCAGAAUGGAGCCAUUGUGUAGGUGCGCGGCCAUUGUUUCCAUAUUUGUGUGUGCCAAGAGGGUUGUGCUUCUUGCAUGUUCACGAAUAUUUAAAAUGUGACUACUACCUCAUUCCAAGAUUUUUCGAUGCCAUUAUCGACAGUGUCAUUUUCUUCAACCCAUGCCGAUGAAAUAGAAAGACGUUGCCUUUUU